AUGGCUCGCCAACGGGACAGGAAGUUUGUCUUUUGGUCCAUCCACAGAGACCCCUUCCCGGACGCCAAUACACCUCUGUCGCGGUUUGGGCGAUACUUGCUUGCAUCCGUGCUCUUGGUCAUCCAAUUGACCUUGUUGGUCGGCGUGCCAGCGAUGCCAAGCCUUCUGGCAUGGUGUACUCAAAACCAGCUUUGGCCGGCCCUGAUUGAUUCGGGACUGGAGAAAGAAGCAAGGGAGGUCUUGGGAUACCUUAUCCUUGAUACGAUACUCCUUGUUUUGAUGAUCUGGGGUGCUGUGCCGGUCUUUGCGGUGACCAGAAUGAACGGAAGUCGAGGAAGGAUGCUCACGUAUGCGGCGUUUGGCGGGAUAGCGAUGGUGUUUGUCUGUGUCUCGAUUCGUACGAUGUACUUGACCUGGACCUGGUCACUGCUUUUUGAGCUGGCGGCUGGUGAUGCGAGACUUGCAGGACGAUGCAAGUUCAUCUCCCUCACAUUGGGUGUCCUGCUUUGCUUGGGUUGCGCCUCGGUCGCCAUCUACUCAUUCUAUACGGCACGAUUCGGCACGCCCUUGGUCAUUCAGCAGAUGCUGGAUGAUGCUGCGCACUUGCUGUGUUCUACCAAGAUGCGGACUGAGCCUGGCAUGGGUGCGAAGCAAGAUAAGCGAGUGACUGAAAUAUUUUCGACGUCCAUGCAUCCAACGACCAUUCGUGGAGGUGUCUGGUUGGACAACGACAUGCACGUCUCAGCUGACCACACACAAGGCCAGCACGCUUGGAUUACCCCACUUCAUUUCUGA